AUGGCUGAUAUAGCUCCUGGAUAUUGGUUGUCCCCUCCAAAGACAUAUAGUUCUCGCGAUAAGCGAGAUCUAGGUAAAGAAAUGAAAGUCCUACACUGGAUCUCAGCUAUUAUUGGAAGAUCACUAGGAGAUGAUAACGCUCCCGCUAAAUUAAGGGAUGGAAUCGCACUUUGUGAGUUAAUAAAUCAAUUACAGCCUGGAUCAGUUUCUAGUAUAACCCGUAGUCGAUCAUCUUUUGGUAAGAUCCAAAACAUCUCCAAAUUUCUAAAAGCUGCAGAGUUGUAUGGAGUGAAUAAAGAGGAUUUAUUUCUACCAUCGACACUAUACGACGGUCAUCAUAUGGUAGAGGUUAUAAACGCCAUAGAAUCUUUAGCCCUACGUGUUAGUCAUAUGCUUUGA